UUAACCAAGGUGGGAGUGUGCGUACUUCUCUCGUGCGAUUUUGUGAGUGACACCGGAAAAGGAAAGAGAAUUGAUAGUGCCGAAGAUUAUACCAAGGAUAUAUACACCCCUUUUUGGAUACAGCAAGAUGUACUUGUGAAUUUUGUGAUGUGUUUUCAAAUUUGGUGCCAAAGAUGCUGAAACACGUGACCUACCGCUCCACCUCGUCCUUGGGCCGCUCGCCCGCCGAACUCACCUGCCGGGGUUCGAGCGUGUGCCCGGACACCCUCAGCCUCAAGGGCGACCUCUCCCCCUCGUCGCCCGAGAUGACACUCAAGGCCAAGGGCAUGCUUUCGUCCCCCGACACGCUCUCCCUCAAGGACGCCUCUCUCUCCGACCUCAAGAGCUUCUCGCCGGACUCGAUCAGCCUCCACUCGACCCUCAGCUUCUCCUCCUUGGCCAUCGGGAGGCUGUCCUCGAGGUGCUCCUCCACCGCGUCGCUGAACGAGCCGCAGACGACGCCCGUGAAGGUCUACCUGCGGUCUCUGCGUCCUGACAUCGAGUACAAGACCGUCAGCCUGUCGUCCUCCACAACGUGCCGUCAGCUGAUCCUCAUGCUCCUGGCCAAGUUCCGUCUGCGACACCGCGACCCCAACCUGUUCUACGUGACGAUGGAGGUCGUGGUUCGAGGCCCAGGGGGCGGUGCUCCCGCUCGACGACUCCUGGUGCUGGACGACCACGCGUGUCCGGCGGAGCUGCAGCAGUGUCGCCCGCGCGGGGAGGCUCGCUUCAGCGUGGGCGUGCGGCGCGGCGGGCUGCUGCGCGUGCACGACUCCAUCCUCAUGCCCGGGUCGCAGUACAAGUCGCUGCUGGUGUCGUACCGCACGACGGCGGAGGAGCUGGUGCAGCUGCUCCUCAACUGCUACAGCAGCAAGGAGAACCCCAAGAACUACGCGGUGCACGAGGUCAACAAGAACCCGUACACCGACCGGCCGCUCGAGGCCGACGAGUUCCCGCUGCUGGUGCAGAGCGAGUGGCCGCGGGCCUCCCGCCACAACUACGCCUUCGUCCUGCGCAGAAACGUCUCAUACACUCUCAGCCUGAAGUCAAGAGUCUCGUGGAGAAGGAGCCUGGACCAGUCGAGCACGGACACCGAGUCCGAGCACGAGGACCACAACACCACCAUCGGCAGCCUCAUCUCCACCUCCAGCGUCUCCUCCGCCCUCAGCAUCUCGUCCAGCGGCAGCGACUCCUCCGAUGGCUCCUCGUCGGGGGUGUCUUCCAUGGCGUCCCCGAACAUGUCCCUCGCGUCCCUGAAGACCUCUCUCCCCGUCACGACGCCCGCGCCCAUCCAGCGCGUUUCUCCAGCCGCGCUCGCGUCGCCGCCGAAGCCGUCGCCCGCCGUGUCCCCGGCGUCGUCCCCCGCCAAGAGUGCGAGUUCCGGCGACGCCAAAGCGCCCGCUGACAACGCGUCCAAACCCCAGAUAACAACGACCACGACGACGAUAACGACGACGACCCAAGCGUCGAAGCCGCCCGUGCCGUCCCCGCAGGGGCCCUCCGCGGCAGGAGACAAGCCCGCGGCCCCGAAGCCCGUCCCGAGGACCAUCCUCAACAUCAUCACCGUGACGGGCAAGAUCGUCUCGACGCCGCAGACGAAGGGGCAGCCCGCGCCCCCCGCCGGCUGGGGCGAAAGCAGCAGCCUCCCGAAACCCAUCAUUAUCUCGACGACGCUCGCGCCUUCGCCCUCAGCCCCGCCCUCCCCCCCUCCCUCGGCCCCCCCCAGCGAAGGCGAUCUCGUCGUCGUCGUCCUCUCUGGCGACGCUGGUCAGCAGCUCUCAGCCCGAGGAGCCGCCGCUGCCCAAGAGAAGGUCGUCCUGCUGUCCGAAUUACGAGAACUGCUUCUACAUCUGAGCGCCGCCUCUCGCCAAAGAUGCCCCAUGCCAAAGAUUUGAUGCUCAGAGCGACGGCUGUCCUCGUGUUGAUACCAGUGGAGAGGAGUCAACCCCACGACUCUUAUAUACAAACACAUAUAUAUAUAUAUUUCUAUAAA